AUCAGUUGCAUCGAUCACAUUCAACCCGAAUUUAUUCAGCAGCAGUUGAAAAUGGCAAACAGGACUAAAUCAGUGCUAGCUCUACUAACGUUGUGUCUCUUAUGGGUGACAUUAAUCGGUCAUGUAUCUUCGCAAGAUUCCAAUGAAGAACAAGCAGAGGUGGCAAUCGUUGGAGAAGAAGAAACAGUGGAGGAAAUGAUCCAACCAGAUCCGGAAGUUGAAGCGCAAGACUUGGGACAAAACACGGAACAAUUACCUCCUCUUGGCCCCUUGCCGAUAGGCGGAACCAAUAUAUUAAUAGCCCCCAAAGUUUGUCCCGGAAAUCAGAAGCUAGACCACAGGGGAAAAUGUCGUGGUUCCUGGUAGAGUCAGACUUCUUCCGACCGGAUGCCCUUGACCUCCCUCCUCCAGAGAGUAUAGAACGGUUACGCUUGAGUCGAAAUUUGUUUUGAUUAUUAGACAGCGACGCGCGCAGCAAACAACAAAUAACAGUGGAAUGCGCUUAGACGAGCACACAUAAUUUUUGAUUGGGACCAUUGUGAGCAAAUAAAAAAAUUGUUUUGAA